AUGGCCAGACCCUGUGACUUCCUGAUGGUCCUGGUGCUGAUGAGCUGCUGGUCAACCUGCUCUCUGGGAUGUGACCUGAAUCAGACUGACAAAAUCAUGAACGAGACUCUCUCGAUACUCCUGGCACAAAAGAAGCAAUUCUCUCUUCCCUGUUGGAAGGAGACAAAGAACUUUCUCUGUCCCCUGGAGGAGAUGGAUGCCCAGCAGAUCCAGAAGCCUCAAGUGAUCCAGGUACUGGAUGACAUGACCCAGCAGAGCCUGACGCUCUUCUGCCUAAAUAAGGCAUCUGCUGCAUGGGAGACAACACUCCUAGAGACAUUCUGUAAUGGCCUUUACGAUCAGCUCAGGGAGCUGCAGUCCUGUCGGAUGCAGCACGUGGGGAUGCAGGAAAUCCCUGUGAAGAAAUAUUUCGAGAGGAUCACUGCCUACCUGAGGAAGAAGAAACACAGCCCCUGUGCUUGGAUGGUGGUCAGAGCAGAAGUCUGGAGAGCCUGGUCUUUCUCAGCCAACUUGCGAAAAAGUUUGAACAAGGAGAAUGAGGGCACAGCUCAACAGCUCAGAGCAUCUCAACCCAUCAGCCCCUUUGCAGGACACAUGGAGAGAGAAAGACAAUUCCCAUCUGUAGAUACAGGUGCCAAGGAAAUCUUAGAGGUUCAUCAAUUCCUUCUUAAGAGUAACUUGUCAGUUAAAAAUUCCUCUCUGCUGACAGGUCCUCCUCUUGAUGCCGUGGCCAGGAGGAAGUUGUCACCUUCACUUUGA